GCAUAGAAGGUGUUCUAAAUUCUCGCCCUAUAUCAGCUUUGUCAGAAGACCCUACAGAUUUGAGUGCACUCACACCGGGCCACUUUCUAAAAGGGUCCCCGAUGUUAGCAUUUCCCGAACCGAUAUCUCCAAAUAUUUCUAUGAUAAAUCGAUGGACGAAACUGAAAGCCAUCCACCAUCAGUUCGCGGUACGCUGGAGAGAAGAUUACUUGAAAUCACUUCAGAAACGAUACAAGUGGAAAAACCCGCAAUCUGACGUGAAAAAGGGAGAUCUAGUCGUCGUUAUUGAUGAUUUGCUUCCACCCAGUGAGUGGAAGCUCGGAAGAAUCGAGGAUUCCCAGGCCGGAUCAGAUGGUAAAAUCAUCUAGUAAAAAUCAAUCCCCAAACUCCGAGAUAUAUCGUUGUAUGUUGUGUAAGAGAUUCCACAGCAUAAGUGUAUGUCCAAAAUUUUUUAAGAUGCAACCUGUUGAGAGAUGCCGGACAGUGCGUCAAUUCAAAUACUGUGUGAACUGUCUAGCGAAAAGCCACACAGCCGCCCAAUGUAAAUCAAAAAAUAAAUGUCGCAAAUGUCGUAAUUGCCAUCACACCAUGUUGCACCCAAACAAACCGAUGAUUUACACUGGAACCUCAGUUACGAACACCAAAAGACAACAAAAGAACCAUCCAAAGCAAAGAAAAAGUCAGCAUACUCAACAACAGCAACCAAGGCAUCAUAAGCAACAGAAGAGCAAGCGAAUUGGUCAAAAGGCUAAAAGGAACACAUCCAUUCAACCAUUUAUAAACCAAACCAUAAUUUCAGACGCCAUUCGAUCAUUAGCAACUGUACUUUGUGCCACCCACCAGAACGAUCAUUUCUAAGCCCGGCGCCAUGUCUAAACAUGUUGUUUAGCCUUAAUGUAUUAUAUGAAUUUAAUUUGAAUUUAACCGAAACAUAGUUUGAAAGUCAUAUGAAUUAAAAAUUGAACUAUUAGGAAAAUGUACAAAUUGCACUAAAAUUAGUAUCGACAAGAAUGUCAAAGUUUGUUUAAACUUCAACUAGUUCUAAAAUGAAAUAAAAUAAAGUCGAUAGGUUUCCUA